AUUAUUAUUUUAUUGACUAAAAUGGCCACAAGCAGCUCCAUGGAUAUUUCAACCGUCGAGUCCGUUGAUGUUGAAAGGCGUUGGUUACGGCAUCAAUCUCCUAAUCCCUUCAUCUCCCAAGAAAAUUGUUAAAAUCAGUAAUUUCGGAACGAGAAAGAUUUAUAAAGAAAACAAAACUUGACUUGCAGUUGCAAUAAGAAGAUAAAGUAGUAAUAAAAAUGUUGAAUUGCAUAGGUGGAGUUGUAUAAAUAUAGCAGAUAGAGAUUCCUAUCCAUCUUCUCCACUCAUCAAAGCUGGCUCUUCUUCUAUCUUUCUUCUAUCUUUCUCAGAAAAAUAUAAAUAACAAGUUUCUCAUUAUAUAUUUCUUCUUUUGUGUUCUUUCUUAUUAGGAUUUUCUUAAAUGGAACUUUGAGUUUAACUUGACCUAAAAGGCUUCUUUUCUUAUUGAGAGAGAAUCACAGAGGAAAAGGAAGAAAACAACAAUUUUAGCUAUGGCUGUUGAAGGUAAACCUGUAACAACAACAGAGAAGAACAACAACAAAGAAAGAAGCAAAGAGCAUCAAGAAGAGAUAGAGCUUCACAUAAACGACUUAGGCCUCGAAGAUUCAUCAUCAUCCCCAACGUCACCAAGAGAUGUACUCGGAAUCACAGUUAUGGCUUCUGAUACAGACAAUAACAGCAGUAAUUACAGUAGUUGCAGUUCUUUCUCCUCUGACGAUAAAUCACCAUCAUCUCCAGUUUCAAACACUCCUAAUGAAAACGUUUCGUCUUCCUCGCAUGGUAUUCAAUGGAACAAAAUGAUUGAAUCAAUCAAGAAAAAGUCCAUCAGACGACUCACGGUGAUUCCUUUCCUUGCAAGUUACCAACUGGCACGCAAAAACUUGCGUCGCAAGCAACCAAAGUUCUCUCCCUCUGAGAAUUGCUUCUUCAUGGCUAAACCCUCUUGGAGAAACUUCACCUACGAAGAGCUCGCUGCAGCUACCGAAGAUUUCAAUCCUGAGAACAUGAUUGGUAAAGGAGGACAUGCAGAGGUAUACAAAGGAGUUUUGCCUGACGGAGAGACAAUAGCUAUCAAGAAGGUGAUGAGCCACAACAAGAAAGAAGAAGAAAGAGUGAGUGACUUCCUUUCAGAGCUAGGUAUUAUCGCACAUGUAAACCACCAAAACGCAGCUCGACUUCUCGGUUUCAGUAUUGAUCGCGGUUUGCAUUUUGUGCUCGAGUACUCUCCCCAUGGCAGCCUCGCUACUAUGCUCUUUGGAACAGAGGAGUGUCUGAAGUGGAAAAUAAGGUAUAAAGUGGCUCUAGGUAUAGCUGACGGUCUGAGUUAUCUUCACAAUGAUUGCCCUAGACGGAUUAUUCACCGUGACAUCAAAGCUUCCAACAUAUUACUCGGUCGAGACUAUGAUGCUCAGAUUUCAGACUUCGGACUUGCAAAAUGGCUCCCAGAUAACUGGACUCAUCACGUUGUAUCCCCCAUCGAAGGAACAUUCGGGUACAUGGCUCCAGAAUACUUCAUACACGGCAUUGUUGAUGAGAAGAUCGAUGUUUUUGCCUUUGGUGUACUGCUUCUAGAGAUUAUAACCGGUCGUAGAGCUGUCGAUACAGCAAGCAGACAGAGCAUCGUUGCAUGGGCAAAACCUUUUCUAGAAAAGAACAGCGUCGAGGACAUUGUGGAUCCUCGGCUAGGAAAUGAGUUUGAUGUAACAGAGAUGAAACGAGUGAUGCUAACAGCUUCAUUGUGUAUACAUCAUAUAGCCACAAUGAGACCUGACAUGACCCGGUUGAUGCAGCUGUUGCGUGGAGAGGACGGGCCAGCUGAGCUGCAGAAAGAGCCAGGUGAAAGAGCUGCGGUGAGUGAAAACGCGUGCGAUGUACAGGAUCACACAUCCUCCUCAUACCUCAACGAACUCACCCGCUAUAGGCAGCUCCUAAUGGAGUAAGUAGGAGCAACCAAAUCAACUUAAUCCCUCAUAAGAAAUGUAUUUUAUAGUCUCCGUUGGUUGCUUCUUUUUUUCCCCAACCAAACUGUGAAUAUCAUCAUGUGUCUCUAUGUUGUUCUACUGAACUUUGUUUCGUCUCAACUCCAAAAGAGUUGUCAGUUUUAAUACAAAGUCCAUUGUUAGUCAACA